AUGGUCGAAUUAGACGAAACACAAAAGGCUAGACGAAACAGCUUGGUUCAAAAUCGUGCAAAUUUGAAGCGUAGAAUCACAAAAUUAUCAAAUUAUCUCAAAGAAGGAGGUGUCUAUGCAAACGCGGAACACGCGGAUCGUCACAUGUCCAUUAUAGAUUUUGAAUUAACAAAAUUAGUACAAAUUCAAAUGGAACUCAUUCAAUUAGAGCCAGGAAAAAAUCAUGAAGAAGAGGAAGAAAAUAUUUACUUCGACUAUGAAGAAAUUAAAGUUUUAAUUAGAAGACUUAAAGAACCUAAUCUUGAAGUAGAAAUGCGAAAUCGCGCAUCCGUGAACUCUAGGUCGGGCUCGGUUUAUUCACAUUCAGCACCUUCAGAUUACCUAUCGUCACUUCCGAAAAUCGAAGCAAAAAGAUUUGAUGGAACUUUAGAAAAUUGGCGAAUGUACCGUGACUGGUUUAUUCAAACCAUUCACAAUCGCGAGAACUUAACAGACGCUCAACGGUUAGAUUAUUUGAAAAGAACCCUCACAGGCGAAGCAGAAAAAACAAUAAGCGCGUUUCAACCAUCAGACGAGAAUUAUGCCGUUGAAUGGAAAUUAUUAGAAUCCACCUAUGAUAUUGAAUAUGUCCUUAUUUUUCGUCACUGCGAUCUACUUUUGGAAACUCCUAUAAUGAAAAGAAGCUCCGCCGACGAAAUUCGAAAAUUGACGAACCAUAUUCAAACUCAAUUACUUGCCAUGAAAGCAUUUGGUGAAAAAAUUGAAAAUUGGAACACUAUCAUAUCACGUGUCAUUUUACGCAGUUUAGAUAAAGAGACCGAAAGAGAAUGGAAUCGCUCGAAACAAGGAAACAAGGUUCCUAAUUAUGAGGAUAUUUUGAGUUUUUUGAGAGAGCAAGCGACGCGUCUUACAUUUAUUAAACCAGCAAUGACUAAUUUUAAUAAUAAUUCGACGAAUAAUUCGAAUGGUAAACCAAAAAAUACAAAUAAUAAGAAUAGAGGUCCUGAAAAUACCCACUCAUUUCUUACUUCAACUGAUGAAAAACAAUGUGUUAUUUGUAAUGGAAAUCAUUUAAUAGAUAAAUGCGAUAAAUUUCUUGCAUUAAACACCCCAGAUCGAAUUCAAGCAGCAAGAAAGGUUCGUCUUUGCUUGAAUUGUUUUCAAAAUGAUCAUAGAACACGUUUCUGUAAGGCUUCUCAUUGUUCGAUUUGUAAGGGGAGACAUAACGAUCUCGUGCAUCUAACUGAAGAACAACUUCAAUCUAGACAAUCUUCAUCUUGA